CAGAAGCAGUUAGCUCAUUUGAUAGAAAAAGUACUUGAUUCUUCUGAGAAUUGUUGAGAUUUCUGCCUUGGCAUUCUAAUAUUUUUCUUUAAAAAAUUUUCUUGGGUGGGGCAGAGAGGUAUUUGCUUAAAGAUUCAAAUAGUUGGUUAUUUAGGAUUUUUGCGGACUUCAAGUAGCAAGUAGUGUGGGUUUUCUUUAGGGAUUUUUAAAAGAGAUACAUGUGAAGUACAUAAUUCUUGUAUGGGGUAAAAUAUGAAAAUAUAAUUUCUUUUCUUUGCUAAAACCAGGUCCUUUGGUAUUGUAGGUGUGUGUGUGUGUGUGUGUGUGUGUGUGUGGGAUGCCUUACGAAGGAAUUCAGUCAUUUAUAUUUGGUGAUUAGGGGAAAAGUACUAUUAAAGAUUUUUGCAAUUAUCUUGCAGGAAAUGUUUUAGCAAAAUGCUUUAAAUGAGAAGAAUUAAAUAGUAACACCAAAGAUGGGGAGUCUUAAGUAUUAUCAAAUAUUGGCAAUUUAAAUUAAGAUAGUUACUUUUUGCUUCUUAAAUUCAACCUCAAAAGAGUAUGAUGUGAGUCCUUUAAGUAUAUUUCAGAUUUUUGGCAUACAGCAUGUGAUUUGUAUAAGUGAAAUGAAAACUUCCUAAGUCAUGUAAGCAUUAUCUGGAAGAUAAUGAAAUAAUAAAUGUUGCCUAGAACACCUUUAAUGCAUUGAUUAAUACCAGAGAUAAAAUGCUUUGAACUCAGCAAUAAAAAGCAGCUUGUUUGUAGUCUUGUCUUUAAAAGAACAACAAAAUUAUUCCAAGGAAUGUAUUUGUAUUGUGGGACCUGUAGGGUUUGGACUUCUUUAUGAAGCACAGACUUGGAAAUUGCUCACCUAGUUGAAGGAUUUAGUUCCCUUCGGAGGUGUGGGACUUUCUUUACUCUUAACAAUAGGAAGGCUUGAGGAGCUGUCAAGUGGGGAAUAGAGGAGAGCUGCUCAGGGAAGGGAGAGGAACUGUUGAGAAUUUGGCUCCUCCAAAGCCUCCUCCUCCUCCUAGGCUUUGGAGGUUUGGAUUUACCCAUGAGUAAGAUUCCUUUAAAACUCUGACCUGGUGCAGCAUUGCAAAGAAUUGAUUUCUGAGAUGAGACAAUGAGCUGUGGUUUGCAUUUUGUAAAGAUGGAGGAAACCUCUAACACUGACCCUGUAUGGGAGAUGACUCAAUUAUCCGUGCCUUGGUACAGUUGCAAAUUAUUUGCCUUUGUCUGAAGUGGGUGGAUGCCAGCGCCUUCAUCAGAGCUCCUUAAUUUAAUGUAUGGAAAAUGUUUCAGCCACCAUUUUUAACAAUUAGCUGUAUCAUGGUUGAGGUGAGCUGGGUUCUGAAGGCAACAGCAGGGCCAUUCCAUUUAUGUUAGGUCCUAUGGCACAGGAGCUUUGUUACUAUAAAACUAAGAAAAUAAAUUUGCACACUGUAUAGAAGAGUUCUUUAGGAGGGUGGAGAAUAUUCUCAGAAAGAAAAUGGAAUCCUUUUGUCUACAGGCUUCUUGAAGAAUGAGAAGGACAAUGCCCUGCUAUCUGCCAUUGAAGAGUCCCGCAAGAGGACCUUUGGCAUGGCUGAGGAGUACCAUCGAGAGUCAAUGUUGGUCGAGUGGGAGCAAGUGAAACAGCGAAUUCUACACACACUUCUGGCAUCAGGAGAAGAUGCCCUUGACUUUACUCAAGAAAGUGAGCCAAGUUACAUCAGUGAUGGGGGACCCCCUGGUCGCAGCUCUCUGGAUAGCAUCGAGAUGGCCUACGCCCGGCAGAUUUAUAUCUAUAACGAGAAGAUUGUAAGCGGGCACCUGCAGCCUAACCUUGUGGACCUCUGCACUUCCGUCGCAGAGCUGGAUGAUAAGAGCAUUUCUGACAUGUGGACCAUGGUAAAACAAAUGACAGACGUGUUGUUGGUGCCAGCGACUGAUGCCUUGAAGAGCCGCAACAGCGUGGAAGUGCGCAUGGAGUUUGUCAGGCAGGCCUUGGGGUACCUGGAGCAGAGUUAUAAGAAUUACACGCUGGUGACUGUCUUCGGAAAUUUGCAUCAGGCCCAGCUGGGCGGGGUGCCUGGGACUUACCAGCUGGUUCGAAGUUUCCUAAACAUUAAACUUCCAGCCCCCUUGCCUGGACUUCAGGAUGGGGAGGUGGAAGGCCAUCCCGUGUGGGCGUUAAUUUAUUACUGCAUGCGCUGUGGAGACCUGCUUGCUGCUUCACAAGUGGUUAAUCGAGCCCAGCACCAGCUGGGAGAAUUUAAAACCUGGUUCCAGGAGUACAUGAACAGCAAAGACAGAAGAUUGUCCCCGGCUACGGAAAACAAGCUCCGGCUGCAUUACCGCAGGGCCCUCAGGAACAACACGGAUCCCUACAAGCGAGCCGUGUACUGUAUCAUUGGCAGAUGCGACGUCACCGACAAUCAGAGUGAAGUGGCGGACAAAACUGAGGACUACCUGUGGCUGAAGUUGAACCAAGUGUGUUUUGAUGAUGACGGCACCAGCUCCCCACAAGACAGGCUCACUCUCUCACAGUUCCAGAAACAGUUGUUGGAAGACUACGGUGAGUCCCACUUUACAGUGAACCAGCAGCCCUUCCUCUACUUCCAAGUACUGUUCCUGACAGCGCAGUUCGAAGCUGCAAUUGCCUUUCUCUUCCGGAUGGAGCGGCUGCGCUGCCAUGCUGUCCACGUGGCGCUGGUGCUGUUUGAGCUGAAGCUGCUUUUAAAAUCAUCAGGACAGAGUGCCCAGCUCUUGAGCCACGAGCCUGGUGACCCUCCCUGCAUGCGGCGGCUGAACUUUGUGCGGCUGCUCAUGCUCUACACCCGGAAGUUUGAGUCCACGGACCCAAGGGAGGCCCUCCAGUACUUCUACUUCCUCAGGGACGAGAAAGAUAGUCAAGGAGAAAACAUGUUCUUGCGCUGUGUGAGUGAGCUCGUGAUAGAAAGCAGAGAGUUCGAUAUGAUUCUUGGGAAACUGGAGAAUGACGGAAGUAGAAAGCCUGGAGUCAUAGAUAAGUUUACUAGUGACACAAAGCCUAUUAUCAACAAAGUUGCUUCUGUGGCAGAAAAUAAAGGACUGUUUGAAGAAGCAGCAAAGCUUUAUGACCUUGCCAAGAAUGCUGACAAAGUGCUGGAGCUGAUGAACAAACUGCUGAGCCCUGUCGUUCCCCAGAUCAGUGCCCCACAGUCCAACAAGGAGAGGCUGAAGAACAUGGCGCUCUCCAUCGCUGAGCGGUAUAGGACUCAGGGAAUAAGCGCAAAUAAAUUUGUGGACUCCACGUUCUAUCUUCUGUUGGACUUGAUCACCUUUUUUGACGAGUAUCACAGUGGUCAUAUUGAUAGAGCCUUUGACAUAAUGGACCGCUUGAAGCUGGUGCCCCUGAAUCAGGAAAGUGUGGAAGAGAGAGUGGCUGCCUUCAGGAAUUUCAGUGAUGAAAUCAGGCACAACCUCUCAGAAGUGCUUCUCGCCACCAUGAACAUCUUGUUCACACAGUUUAAGAGGCUCAAGGGGACGAGUCCAUCCUCAGCAUCCAGGCCCCAGCGAGUCAUCGAGGACCGAGACUCUCAACUCCGAAGCCAAGCCCGCGCCCUGAUUACCUUUGCUGGGAUGAUACCCUACCGAACGUCUGGGGACACCAACGCAAGGCUGGUGCAGAUGGAGGUCCUCAUGAAUUAAAUGCCAUGCUUUGGGGGCUCCUGGGGCUGCACGCUGUCAGUACAUCAGGCGCAUGCGCCCACUAGCGUGGGGUUUCUGGUUUUGUUUCCGUUGUGUUUUGUUUCGUUUUUUUGUAUUAUGUAUUUUUGUCAACACCAAUAAAUUUGUUUGGUUUGUAU